AUGUGCCGGGUCCGUUAUAAAUGGUACCGCGGCCACUGCGGGAUCAGUGGCUGUGGACACACCGAAGCAGUCUGGAUUGAGCGCUGUAAGCUAGCCCGGGCCCGCGAGCGACGAGAGCCUUGCCCCAAUCCACGCCCAGUCCUUCGUAUCACCGAGGCUUUUGCGAUGGGUCGUUGUCGCCCCUGUCUUGGCUGGCCUGUGUUGAUCCCAGGUGCUCCUGAAUUGGCUCACCCCGAGCGGGUUGACGACCCUCCUCCCUACUAA